AUGAAAACGAAAGCAGCGGCUGCGUCAAAGACCCAGCGGUCCAUCACGUCGUUCUUUAGCGGAGCCACAGUGUCAACGUCAGAGCAGUCGAAGCGCAAAGCUGCUGAGGCGGAUGUCAACGUCGAGGAAGCCGCGAAGCCUGUGGCCGAGCUCGUGAAAAAACGCAAAGUCGACUUUGGUGGGGAAAAAGAUGCGAAGACCGGUAGCAACGACGUGAAAGGAGGUGCGAACUGCGACGAUAGCGAUGUGAACGGCGAUGAAAGAGAUGUACUGGGCGAUGCCCCAGGAGGUGCAAAGGACGAUGAAGAAGGUGUGAAUGGUGAACCAGACUGUUUGGAUGAUAAAAAGGAAGGUUUACACGACGAGAAAGAGAUUGGGACAGCAGAAGAGCGGGACGACAGAGUGGCCGGCAAAAGCACGACAAAACCUGGCCGCCGUCGUCUUCGACAACAGGACGUCAAGGACGAGGACGAAGAUAGCGACGUGGAUGUGCCACUGAGUGUGGUGGAUUCAAGGCGAGAGGUCGAUGAGGUGAUUGACAUGACGACGUCACCAGCGGCUUCCGAAACAGUCAGAGCCUGUAAAAAGACAUCGUUGACAACAUCCAUGAAGUCCGCGAAGGCGGAGAACAAAAAGGAAACGAAUGAGAAGAAGGAGAAGAAGGAGAAGAAGGAUAAAGAAGGGAAAGUGGAGACAAAGGCAAAAGAAGCAGUGGCGAUGCUUCGUCCAGCGAAGAAAGAGACGCACGAGGUAGUGGAUGAUGAUGACUCGCACGAUGUUGGAUCUGCGGAAGGAGCGAAAAAGGUUGGAGGAGCGAAGAAGACUGCAACGUCAUCGAAGGCUGCUGUCCGUACUGCUGUCCCGAGCAAGACGUGCGAUGUUGAAGUAGAUGCAAGCACUGACAAGAAGAGCUUGGCGAAUAUGCAUGGGGACGGUAAAGAAACGAAAGCAGAGAGCGGCAAAUGGCGCGAGACUCCGUACUCUGCUUUAGCACAUCUGUUUGCCAAGAUCGAAGAGGUUUCCGGCCGUCUCGUUAUCCAGGAUCUGCUGACGGCAUUCUUCCGCGAUGUCAUUAGCCAUGCUCCGGAUGAUUUGCUGGCUUGCAUUUAUCUGUGCGUGUGCGUGAACCUGGCGCCGCCUUUCGAAAACCUAAAAAUUGGUAUUGGCGAUGCCAUUCUGAUGAAAGCUAUCGGCGAGGCCACAGGCGCCAAUGCAAAGUUCAUCAAGGAGAUGUACCACAAGGAGGGCGAUCUUGGUAAGGUUGCACAGAACGCGCGCUCAAAGCAGAAGACGCUGUCAUUUGCGUCCCUCACACCGGCUACAUCCAAAGGUAGCGGCCUCACCGUAUCUUAUGUGUACAACCAGUUCGUCAAGAUUGCAAAAAUGACUGGAAACAAUUCUCAACAGCAAAAGUGCUCAAUUAUAAAGGGAUUGCUGGUAAAGUGUGAGAAGGAAAAAAAGUCGCAAGGCGAGGAUGGACAGUCUGCCGAAGGAGCCAAGUACAUCAUCCGUGGACUCCAGGGUAAGCUGCGUAUCGGACUGGCCGAAAAGUCGAUCUUGAUGGGGUUGACGUACGCGUUCAUGACGGGCAAGGAUUACAAGGACAAAGACAAGCAGCAGGAGGCUCUAGCUUUUGUCAAGAAAUCCUUUGCAGAAUGUCCAAGCUACAACGCAUUGGUGGCGGCGUUCUACGUUGUUCAGAAAGAGGUUCCUUCUGCUCUUUACCUUCGCGUGAAGGACUUUGCGCUGGUUGCCGACAAGUGUGUACUGACACCAGGCACGCCCGUGUCUCCCAUGCUCGCUCGUCCAACCAAGGCGUAUGCGAUGGUGUUCGAUCGCUUCGAAGGCAAGCCGUUCACAUGCGAAUACAAGUACGACGGUGAACGCGCACAGAUACACAUACUACCGAGCGGAAAGAUGGCCAUAUUCUCGCGCAACUUCGAAAACUCUACAGAGCGAUUCCCUGACGUCGAGUUGGCCGUUUCGAUGGCUGCUAAGAAAGGCGUUGUCAAAAGCUGUAUCGUUGACGCAGAGGUGGUUGCUGUUGAUCGUGCUACGAACAAGCGUCUACCCUUCCAGAUUCUAAGUACGCGUUCUCGCAAGAACGUAAAAGUGGAAGACAUCAAGGUUCCUGUGUGUGUUUACGCAUUUGACUUACUGUUUCUCAAUGGCGAAUCGCUCCUCGGCGCACCGCUGGCCAAACGCCGAGAGAAAAUGCGCGAAAUCUUUGGAGUUAGUCCCGGCACGUUUGAAUUUGCUACGUCGUUCGAUGUUAAAGAUGGUGUUGAUGCAAAAGACAACUCCGAGGCAAUGGAAGAAGCUGUGGAUAAGGUCCGCAAUUUCCUGGAGGAGGCCGUGCGUGAAAAUUGUGAAGGCUUGAUGGUGAAGACUCUUGAAAAAGAAGCAACAUACGAGCCUGCAAACCGUUCGCACAAAUGGCUAAAACUGAAGAAGGACUAUCUCGAUGGCAUCGGUGACUCAACCGAUCUCGUUCCGAUUGGUGCGUUCCAUGGACGUGGCAAGCGCACUGGUGUGUACGGAGCGUAUCUGCUGGCAUGCUAUGACCCGGACACUGACAUGUACCAACCCAUUACAAAGCUGGGCACGGGUUUGUCGGAUGAAGUGCUCAAGAAGUUUUACGAUCAGUUGAAGGAGAGGGUUGUGGACAAGCCUCCUAGCGACUAUGCUAUUAGCGACGGCUGUAAGCCUGACGUUUGGCUCGAAGCGAGCUGUGUGUGGGAAAUUCUGGGCGCAGAUCUAUCCAUUUCGCCGAAGUACACGGCAGCCAUCGGCCUGGUUGCCAAGGACAAGGGCAUAUCACUACGCUUCCCUCGCUUCAUCCGUGUUCGUGGUGACAAGGAGACGACUCAGGCGACAAACUCUUCGCAGAUCGCCGAUUUGUACCGAGCCCAGGGUCUUACGAGCGUAACCAACGGUGACGAGGACGAAGACGAUGAUAUGCUGAUCUAG